UGACUGAGAGCUCCAAAUCUUCAUCAGAAUUUGAUAUUGUCAGUGUUUUGGAUUUGGACCGUUCUAAUAGCAUCCACUCUGCAAGCAGCAUUCCAAGCCAAACAGGUUGGAUAACAGACAAGAGAGUGUCCAGAAGACAUGCGAUUCUUGAGGUGGUUGGUGGUCAGCUUCGAAUCAAACCGAUACACACAAGUCCAUGUUUUUAUCAGUCCUCUGAGAAGAGCCAGCUCUUACCAUUGAAGACAAAUCUAUGGCAUUGGUUGAAUCCUGGAGAUAGUUUCUCUUUGUUAGUUGACAAAUACAUUUUCCGUGUGUUCUCUACAUAUUCUGAAACAGAAUUGGAAUGUACUAUAAGAAAUAGUCAAAUGCUGGAUGAAGAUGAUAGAUUGACUGGAACACGAGAAUCAUCCUUGGUUAAUCUGCCUGAUGAGAAAGCUGGUGCCUCACCGCUGGAGAGAAGCGCAGGAAUAGCGACGCCCCCGACUUCUACCACAAGUCGUGUGUCUUUUCUAGGUGAAUGUUCAGACUGCAGCACGAAGCAGUUAAACCCCGCCCAGAGGAAAAGAGUCCUUCCAGCCUGGAUGCUAACAGACCUGGGUGAUCAGAGCCUUUCAGCACCUGUUAUCAGUGGAAAUAAUGUAAUCCAGGAAAGUGGAAGAGAAGGAAUCUGCAAAGAUAAAGCCCAACUAAACAUAACACAGCAAAGAAGAAAGCGAUUGAUUUCACCAGGAAGUGAAGAAAGUACCUCAGCAGAGCGAGAUGCAGGAAAAAAGUGCAGAAAUGCUCAUCAGGAAGAGCCUGUCACUUCAUCCAAGGAAAUGCCACAAUCAGUUUCUGCAAUCACAUUAAGUAACACAGAUAUGAAUAAUACAAAAACUAAUGCACAGAAAAAUGAAAUCCCAGUAGAGGAACUUGGUAAGGUUUCUGAACACAAAGUCACCACUAAAGGAACGCUGAAUAAAGAAGAGGCAGUGAGCUGUUCUGAGAGCGGUUCAAGUGCCCAAGGCAAGUCCUUCCAUGGUGAGUCUCAAGGCUCUCAUUCCGAGUCCAGCUGUGAUCCCUCCGACCCUGAAACUCUGCAUGCCAAGGCAGCUGAUUCAGUUCUGCAAGGUCCAGAAGAGAACAAGGUCAAGAGGACAUCCUGCAUGUAUGGGGCAAACUGCUACAGGAAGAAUCCCGUCCAUUUUCAACAUUUCAGUCACCCUGGUGAUAGUGAUUAUGGAGGUGUACAAGUCAUGUGUCAAGAUGAAGCUGAUGACCGGCCUGAAUGUCCUUAUGGAGAAUCUUGUUACAGGAAGAAUCCUCAGCACAAGAUAGAAUAUAGACACAGUACACUUCCAGUGAGAAGCCUUGUAGAUGACGAUGGUGGGCAACCCAAUGACUAUGACCUGAAUGACAGCUUUCUAGAUGAUGAAGAAGAAGAGUAUGAGCCAACGGAUGAAGAUUCUGACUGGGAACCCGGGAAGGAGGACGGAGAGAAGGAAGAUAUGGAAGAGCUUUUGAAAGAAGCAAAAACGUUUAUGAAAAGAAAGAAGUAACUUUUUUCUGCAAUAAUACAUGGCUCACAUUUACUCUUUAUAGAAAGAUAUUCAGGAACUAAGGAGGCACUUAAGUGAUAAUUGUUUUCUUUUCUAUAGUUAGGACUUUAUGAUGAACUCUUUGCAAAUGAAACAUUGAAACAUCAGCCUUCAGUAUAGUGUCUGGAAUUUGUUCUGUUGUUUCGCUUCUUCCAUCCUGCUUAAAGAAUCUAGAAAU